UUAACCUCGAAAUUAUUUAUUUGAGUGUGUUGACGUUGGAGAUAUCUAAUGUAUAAGUGCUUCUUUAUAGUUAGAAUAAAAAUGUUAUGUUUGCUAGAAAGGCACUUGUUAUCAAGGUUGUGAAGUAACAAUAUCUUCACAUUUAUUUGUUAACCUAGUUGUUUUGUCCAAUUGAUAGCAACAAAAAUAGACUAUAAUGGAUGUGAAAAUUGGUAUCGAAAACGACAGUAGAAAUAUUAAAAGUAAUCGAAGAAAUUCUGAAAAAGCUUUGCACGUAUUAUACUAUGAUAUAAGUGAUUACAGUAGUACUAAUCAGUUUCUAAUCUGUUGCUGGUGUGUGCUAAUAUUUUAUCUUAUAUAUGGUUACUUGCAGGAGCUGAUAUUUACUGUUGAGGGCUUCAAACCAUAUGGUUGGUAUCUCACCUUAGUUCAAUUUGCAUUUUACUCUGUCUUCGGAUUCGCAGAGUGCGGUCUUAAUGGGGACACAAAACGACAUAUUCCACUCCAGACGUACAUGUUGUUGGCUCUGCUCACACUGGGGACCAUGGGAUUCUCCAACUCGUCAUUGGGUUACCUCAACUACCCCACACAGGUGAUAUUCAAGUGCUGCAAGCUGAUCCCGUGUCUGAUCGGCUCCAUACUGAUCCAGCAGAAGAAGUACGGGCUGCUAGACUACGUUGCUGCAGCAGCACUGAGCCUGGGCCUGACUCUGUUCACCCUCGCCGAUAGUCAAUUGUCACCCAACUUCGAUAUCAUUGGUGUGGUGAUGAUCUCGUGUGCUCUGGUGUGUGAUGCUGUCAUCGGCAAUGUCCAAGAGAAGUCCAUGAGAGCUCACGGGGCCUCCAACACCGAGGUGGUGCUUUACUCCUACUCCAUAGGGUUCGUCUACCUGCUCGUCACUAUGGUGCUGACAGGAGCACUCUGGCCAGGCCUCUCCUACUGCUCUAAGCAUCCAGUGAUAUACAUAUACGCCUUGCUCUUCUCCAUCUCCGGCUACCUGGGUAUACAGAUAGUCCUGACACUGGUACAGACCUGUGGUGCUCUGGUGGCAGUUACCGUAACUACUUGCCGUAAGGCUGUUACUAUCAUUCUCUCGUUCCUCUUCUUCGCCAAACCCUUCACAUUCCAAUACGUGUGGUCAGGACUCCUGAUACUCCUGGGAAUCUACCUCAAUGUGCUGAGUAAGAACAAGUCUUUGAUGCACAACCUGUCAAGGCACGUCUGGCAGAUCAUUGCCCCUUACCACCACAACCGCCGCACAUUCGUAGCGUCCUCCGUCUAAGUCCUGUGAUCUCUAGUGAUAAGAUGUAUUGAUAGUGUAGAUCAGUUGCACAAUAAUAAUAGUGCAAACAUACAUCCUUGUGCAAAUUAUGGAAUCAAACCAAUUCUUUUUAAGAAAGAAUACUU